GGUGGUUUCGUCUGUGAUGAUGUGGUGUGUGCUUAUCGAACUCGUGUGUUAUCGUUGAGUUUCACACGGCAAGGAGCGGUUUGUCCGAAGUGUAUGAAUGGUAUUAUGAAAAGAGAGAAGUCGUCAAGACUCUUAUAUGAGCAGCAGUCGUUCUUUGAGGCGUUAUUCGAUUUGACGAAAGCGUUGAGUGAAUGCAACACGGAACAGCAGAAAAAGUUACGGACUCGUAAGGAUGUCAAUGAGGUGUUAGCGUUGAAUGCGGCUCUGCUGAAAGUUUGUCAAGAGCAGUUGUCACGAAAUGAUUUCAAUCGGAUUUCGUUGACACGUCUAUUUGCAUCAAUGCGGACAACGGCAGCUGCAGGAUUCGUUGGAGGUGCAUAA